GCUGUGCCCAGCCUGGGGACGCUGUGCCCGUGGGUCAGGGCUGUGCCCAGGGCUCUGCAGCCCCUCCAUGGUCUCUGUGUCCUGCAGGCACUGCCUAUGUGCUGACCUGCUACUUCACCAACUGGGCCCAGUACCGACCUGGGGAGGGCAGGUACACCCCUGAGAACAUCGACCCCAACCUGUGCAGCCACCUGAUCUACGCCUUCGCUGGCAUGAACAACAACGAGCUCACCACCUACGAGUGGAACGACGAGACCCUGUACAAGUCCUUCAAUGGCCUCAAGAACCAGAACAGGAACCUGAAGACCCUGCUGGCCAUUGGAGGAUGGAAUUUCGGCACACAGAAGUUCACCACCAUGGUCUCCACACCCCAGAACCGCCAGACCUUCAUCACCUCCGUGGUCAGGUUCCUGCGCCAGUACGGAUUCGACGGGCUGGACCUGGACUGGGAAUACCCCGGCUCCAGGGGCAGCCCCGCCCAGGACAAGGCUCUGUUCACCGUCCUGGUUAAGGAGCUGCUGGCAGCCUUCGAGCAGGAAGCCAAACAGACCAACCAGCCCCGGCUCAUGGUCACUGCUGCUGUGGCCGGAGGACUGUCCACCAUCCAGGCUGGCUACGAGAUCGCUGAGCUGGGCAAGUACCUGGAUUACAUCCACGUCAUGACCUACGACUUCCACGGGCCCUGGGACGGCUCCACGGGCGAGAACAGCCCCCUGUUCAGCAGCGGCAGCACCCUCAGUGUGGAAUACGCCAUGAACUACUGGAAGAACAACGGCGCCCCAGCUCAGAAGCUGCUGGUGGGAUUCCCAACCUACGGGAAAAGCUUCACCCUGCAGAACCCAUCCAACACAGCCGUGGGAGCCCCCAGCUCUGGCCCUGGCCCCGCUGGGCCCUACACCAGGGAGGCUGGGCUCCUGGCUUACUACGAGAUCUGCACCUUCCUGAGCUCUGGAGCCACCCAGGCCUGGGAUGCCCCUGAGGAUGUUCCCUACGCCUACAAGGGCAACGAAUGGAUCGGCUACGACAACGUCAAGAGCUUCAGCCUCAAGGUGGAUUGGCUGAAGAAGAACAACUUUGGAGGAGCCAUGGUCUGGACCAUCGACCUGGAUGACUUCACUGGCAACUUCUGCCACGAGGGCAAAUACCCUCUGAUCUCCACGCUGAAGAAGGGCCUGGGGCUGUGAAUGCGCAGCUGCAAGAGCUCAGCACAGCGCAGUCCUCACGUCCCUGGCAGACCACGGAGAUCCUGAUCCUGAUCCUGAUCCCUCUCCAGCUCAGCAAUCCCUCUGAUCCCAUUGCACACAAUGAAUGAUUCAAUAAAGCUUUAGGCA